CUCAAACCUGUGGUGAUUAUAACACCUGGUAAACAUGUAUUUAGUGAAGAAAAAGUGACUUUCAAGUGUGAGCUACAGGGAGGAGACACUGAGUGGACAUACAGCUGGUAUAAGACUGAUAACAGAAAUCCCUCAUUCAGCACAACACAGGAGUUCAGCCGUGACUCAGUUACAGACUCUGACAGUGGUGAAUACACCUGCAGUGGGAGGAGACACAGUGACUCUCAGAGCUCAGAGAUCAGUGAUCCUGUUACACUCACUGUAUCAGAGGAAGUUUUAAAUUUUUAACACCGACACUUCUCAGUCACUCAUCAUCUGUAGGGCAGGAUGAAGCGCCGUCCCCUCUGUGUGAUGAUCUUAUUGAUUGAAUUCAUCCUUGGUAUUCAAGCAGAGAGUCAAAAACCUGUGGUGAUUGUAAAGCCUGAUACACAAGUGUUCAGAGGAGAAACUGUGACUAUCAGGUGUGAAAUAAAAACAGGAGGAAACACUGAGUGGGCAUACGACUGGUAUAAGGAUGAUAACACACUCAACCCAAUCUACACAACACAGGAGUUCAGCAUCAGCUCUGUUGCAGACUCUUCUAAAGGGAAAUACACCUGCAGAGGGAGGAGACACAGUGACAAUCAGAUCUCAGAGAUGAGUGAUUCUGUUACUCUCACUGUAUCAGAAAAACCCACACCGACUGUGAGUGUGAAUCCUCAGAGCUCCAUCUACACUGGAGACAGAGUUACUCUGAACUGUAAUCUGCAGUCUACUGGAUGGAGCUUUUUCUGGUAUAAAGGUAACCAGAAUUCACCUGAACCACAAAAUACCAACCCACUCAGUGUGACAAUCUCUAAUGAAGGACAAACAACAUACUACUGCAAAGCACUCAGGGGAAACUAUGAGUCAGAGUUCAGUGCUGCAGAUACAGUUACAGUGAAAGUGAGACCAAAACCUGUAGUGAAAAUACACCCAGCUGUGAAUGUGUUCAUUGGGGAAACUGUCACUCUCACAUGUGACAUACAGACUGGAGGAUCCUGGAAGUAUCACUGGAAUAGAAGUAAUGAAGAAAUCAGAGCUGCUGCAGGAAAGAAGACCUACACAAUCACUGAUGUUAAAGACUCUAAUAAAGGUCCUUAUAGCUGUAAAGGAACUCAAUCAUCAGACCCAAAAUACACACAGAACAGUGAUUCAAUUACACUGACUGUAUCAGAAAAACCUGAACCCGAACUCACAUCAGAAUGCAAAGAAGCUGCACUGACAGGAAACUCAGUGACUCUGUACUGCACACUGAAGCAGCAGUCUGCUGGAUGGAAGUUUUACUGGAUCAAAGACACACAGAACCGUGAAACUGAAAUAAACUCCUACACCAUCAGUUCAGUUAACGUCUCUGAUGGAGAGUCUCCUAGACCUGUGGUGAUUUUAAAGCCUAAUACACAAGUGUUCAGAGAAGAAACUGUGACUUUCAGAUGUGAAAUACAGAGAGGAAGAGACACUGAGUGGAAUUACGACUGGUAUAAAGAUGAUAUCACACUUGACCCAAAACACGCAACACAGGAGUUCAGUAUCAGCUCUGUUCCAGACUCUUCUAGAGGGAAAUACACCUGCAGAGGGAGAAGACUCAGUGACAAUCAGAUCUCAAAGACGAGUGACUCUGUUACUCUCACUGUAUCAGAAAAACCCAAACCGACUGUGAGUGUAAAUCCUCAGAGCUUCAUCUACACUGGAGACACAGUUACUCUGAACUGUAAUCUGCAGUCUACUGGAUGGAGCUUUUCCUGGUAUAAAGGUAACCAGAAUUCACCUGAACCUCAAAAUACCAACCCACUCAGUGUGAUAAUCUCUAAUGAAGGACAAACAACAUACUACUGCAAAGGACUCAGGGGAAACUACAAGUCAGAGUUCAGUACUGCAGCUAAAGUUAUCGUUAAAACGAGACCAAAACCUGUGGUGAAAAUACACCCAGCUGUGAAUGUGUUCAUUGGGGAAACUGUCACUCUCACAUGUGACAUACAGACUGGAGGAUCCUGGAAGUAUCACUGGUUUAGAAGUAAUGAAGAAAUCAGAGCUGCUGCAGAAAAGAAGACCCACACAAUCACUGAUGUUAAAGACUCUAAUAAAGGUCUCUAUAGCUGCAAAGGAACUCAAUCAUUAGACCCAAAAUACACACAGAGCAGUGAUGCAGUUACACUGACUGUAGCAGAUCAGUUACAGUCUCUGAUGGAGGUCAGUACAGGUGCAGAGCUGCAAGAGGAAACCCAGUCUACUACACACACUACAGUGAUGCACUCUGGUAACGAAUGUUCUGAACUGUGUGUUUUGUCUCUAACAGAAAAACCUAAACCUGAACUUACAUCAGAUCUUAAAGGAGCUGCACUGACAGGAAACCCAGUGGUUCUUAACUGUACACUGAAGCUGCAGUCUGCUGGAUGGAAGUUUUACUGGAGCAAAGACACACAGAGACGUGAAACCGAGACUGAAAUACAUCUUUACUUCUUUAGAUCAGUCAGUGUCUCUGAUGGAGGUCAGUACAGAUGCAGAGCUGGAAGAGGAAACCCAGUCUACUACACACACUACAGUGAUGCACUCUGGGUAAAUGUUAGUGGUUCUGCAGCGUCACUGUCGGUUCUGAAGCUCCUCAGCAGUGCAGUAACAGUCUCUGUGUAUGUGCUGGUGACCUUCAUUCUGGCAGUGAAAUGCUACAGAGCUCAAACUGAACCUGAUGAUAACAGACCAUACAGAGUGAUAGAAGCUGAAACAUCUUUCUGAGUGUUAAAUGGCAGGUUUUUAUUUCAUAAUUUAGCUUUUACAUAACAGUUUUCAGUGUAAGAGAACACACUCUGUGAGGAUUUAGACUUGUUUCAUUCAACCCGAGUUCAAACCAAGAAACUAUAAACCUGUGGAAGUUGAACACACAGCGGGAACAGGACGCAGGCAGCAGUGACUAUUUAACAUACAGAGAAAACACAUGGAGGAAGCACUGAGGACCUCUAGUGGCCAAAUCAUGAACAUCUUAAUCCCGACAAUAUUCAUGUACAUGCUGUUAGUAAGUACAAUUAAAGUACAAUUUCUAAUCAGGAGUUUCAAUUAUUUACUUUUUAUUUCUGAUAUAUUUUUUGUAUAACUUUUAUUUAUUUCCUUUUCACAUUGUGCUUUUAGCUAUAAGACUAUUUUAAUAUUAUUAUUCUCUAGAUAUCAUUUACUCAGGGAUAAAUGUUCAGUGUGUGUAAUAUUUGUAAAUAAAUGGGACGUUGCUUAUUAUUUAAAUAUCUUAACUUCCUGGGCAUUUAAGUUUUAUUGUGAUUUUCUGUAACUGUCUGCUUUUGUUUGUUUUAAUAAAAAUAAUUUAAUGAAAAAAGUUUUUUAUUUGUAUUAAGUCAAUAACUAGUAGGAAUUAUCUACACAAACUUGUACACAUUAUUUAUGCAUAAAAAAAAACAAGCCUCUUUACUUUUAUUGGGGGUUUAAGAGAAAACUAUCCAUUAUCCAGUUAUGUAGUUUAUUUAAUGAUCAGGUUUCCAUAAGUUUUAAUGAGCAUCAAACUUUUCAAAAUUACAUCUAAUGCAGAGACUAAAACUUCAGAAAAUCCUGAAAGUCUUAACUUCUUACAGUCAGCUGUAUUUAUACUGUAAACCAGCCAGAUUAAUAUAAAGAUUUUAUAAUUUACUAAAAGUGAAUAAAAUGAUAUGUGGUGAGGUGAAGGGAGGGGAAGGAAACACUACUAAUACUAAUAAUCUCUUAAGAGGAGUUUGAUGAAGCAAUGCGACUACACCACUCCUUUAAAGAAAGGGAAAGUAAAUACCCAAUAGAAACAGGGCACAAGGUUUGUUACUGUGGAUGGUAAAGAGACAUGAGGAUCAAUAUAAAAGACAAAGUUUAAUGAUCUCACAUACACAAGUAAAACAUUCCAGUUGCUAAAUGAAGGACGACUCAAACAAGACACUCAUACAAACAUCUAACAUUUCUAAAGAGAACAUAAAAAAUGGUGCCAUGCUUUUUUCUAUGUAGAAUUAAAACUCAUUGUAAAAUAUUAGAACUCAUUGGAGUAUUUGGACUGCAGGAAUGACA